AAGGGAAACCCAUUGUGCUUCGGGAGAGGCAGGGAGAGCCUCCCCCUUCCCCCUGGGCUGAAAAACCCUGCUGGCGUUCUGUUCUCAAAGCAGCAUUUCUGGAGGGUUAAGAAUAGGGAGAGAUUUAGCAAAGGGAUGUAGCCAACCUCAAAAUUGGGCUGUGUUUUUUGGCUCUGGGAGAAAACACACCAGGCUCUUGCCCCAUUACUCACAACAGCGAUGACGUAGCUUUAAAAACUUGUUGUUUGAUGUUUGAGGGCUAAAACCUGCCCAAAAACAAACUCGGCUGAGCCCAGGUUCAAUAAAAACUGUGCUUUCUUUAUCUUUUAAACUGUGAGUGGUUGGUUGGCUUUUCUUUCUUGGAAAAGGGAAAUAAUUUAGUUGAAAUUCCUGUCUGGCACAAUGCCUUUGCUUGCUGAAAGGGAGAUUUACCACUCGGCUCAGGGUUGUUGAUGGCUGGGAAAGCCUCAGGAAGCUCAGAAAUGGUCCUGGAAAACCAACCUCCACGUGGUGGAUCCCCUAAGUCUGAUCCGCCUCAAAAAUACACAAUUUUUUUUGGAGGAGAAUUGCUUUAAGUGGAGCUGCUCUUCAUCUCAGCCGUGGCUGGGUGGGAAGUGCUGGGAGGGAGGAGGAAAAUACCAUUUGGUGGUUUGGAAGUGGGGGUAUAAAGUCCUCAAAAAGAGCUUUUCCCUUGGGAAAAAAUGUGGGAUAAGACCCUGGGAGGGCAACACUCGACAGCAGCUGGCUCCUAUACAGUGUCCAAAGGCAUUUUUUCAUCCGUCUGCAGCUCUUUUCCUGGGAAAGGCAGUGGAGUAGAGGCACUUAGCAAAAGUUGACUCAGAGCAUGUCCCUGUCCUGGGAAGGGACAGGCUGCUGGCAGAGCCUAAAAUCAGCAAAAUUCCAGCCUGGAGCUCUUCCUCUGCCCCAGCUGAAAACGCUUCAGAUGAGGCCCCGCAAGGGGAUUGCUGGAGUAAAGUCCCAAAUUCCUGCUGCCCAGGGAUCCUUUUAUAUUCCAGUCCCGGGGGUGUAAUGCAGCAGGAAUAGCUCCUGCCUCUCCCCUGCCCGAAGAAACGUGGCUGAGUGUUUUCUUUAGCUUGGGCUGCUCCUGUUUGCUUUAAAAAGGACUUUUUGGAGGUGCCGCCUGUACGGAAUCCUGGGACAACAUUUUGGGAAACGGAAAUGAGCUACCUUUGGUUAUUCUUGGAAGCAGCAGGGUGGUUUUGCUGCGAGGUGACGUCCCAAACUUUCUGAUGGCGGUGGCAAACCCCAGGUGUUCCCUUGCAGAGGAUGCUGAUGGGAGAGGAGGUGCGAGGCUGAACCUGUGGGAACAUUCCCGGCGUUCCCAGCGGAGCAGCGGCGGUUCAGUGGGACAGCUUAGCUUCAACCCCACGGUGCGGCACGUGGUCAUCAACGAGCACAAGGAUGUCACCUUCAACUGCUCCAUCAAAGUGCCCCAGCAGCUGCUCCGGCCCGAUGCACCGGGAAUUUCCCUCUGGAAGGACGGGAGGGAGCUGCACGUGCUGGAUCGCAUCGCCAGCAGCCACUUUGAGAUCCCUGAUGAGGAGGAGGUGGCCAUGACCUCCACCUUCAGCAUCAUCGGUGCACAGCGCUCGGAUAAUGGCUCCUACGUUUGCAAACUCAACAUCUCUGGCGUGGAGGUGGUGUCUGAUCCCAUCCUGGUGCAGCUGGAAGGUCUCCCGCACUUCAUCCGCCAGCCCGAGCAGAUGAACGUCACCAGGAACAGCCCCUUCAACCUGACGUGCCAGGCUGUGGGGCCUCCAGAGCCCGUGGAGAUCUACUGGUUCCGGAACAACGUCCGGGUCAACCAGGAACCCCACAUCUCCCCAUCAGUCCUGACUGUGCCAGGACUCAGCAAGCCGGCGCUGUUCAGCUGCGAGGCCCACAACAGCAAAGGUCUGACUGCAUCCAGCCCGGGACAGGUCAACAUCAAAGAAAUUCCAUUGGCUCCUGUCAGUGUGGAGGUCCUCAACAGGACAGCCCAUGGAAUCAGGAUAUCCUGGGUGCCAGGCUUUGAUGCCUUCUCUGCCUUGAACAGCUGCAGUGUCCAGGUCAAGGAAGUCGUUCCAAGAGGCAACAACUCCCUCCAGCCCUUCCACACCUCGGUGCCUCCCCAUGUGUAUCACAUCCAGCAGCUGGAGCCCAUGGAGGAGUACAACAUCCGUGUUUCCUGCAGGAAUGAGGUUGGCUGGUCAGCAUUCAGCCCCUGGAUAACAGCCAGCACCACGGAGGGAGCUCCCAGCACGCCUCCGCUGAACGUCACGGUGUUCCUGAACGAAUCCAGCUCCUCGCUGGAGAUCCGCUGGGUGCAGCCAUCCCUGGAGAGGAUCCACGGGCAGCUCCAGGGCUACCACGUCUGGUACAGCUGGCACAACUCUGAGGGCACGAUUGUCUCCGACGAGGCGCGGCUGAACGGCAGCGUGGCCGUGCUGCCCGUGGUGGCCACCAAUGCCACCUUCUCCGUCCGUGUGGCUGCUGUCACCAAGGGGGGAGUGGGACCUUUCAGCAUCCCCGUGGAGAUCUCCAUCCCCGCCAGUGGAUUAAUAACCUCAGCCCCCUCUUCGACUCCAGCCUCGGGGAAUGCCGACUCCUUUGUCGUAGCCCUGGGAUUUAUCUGCGGGAUAAUCGCUGUUGGAGUCAUCCUCUGCUUGACCGUGGUCAUCCAGAAACGAUGCGUGGAGACAAAAUACGGGAAUGCUUUCAGCAGGAACAACUCAGAGCUGGUAGUGAACUACACGGCCAAGAAGUCCUACUGCCGGAGAGCCGUGGAACUGACACUGGGAAGCCUGGGUGUCAGCAGGGAGCUCCAGCAGAAGCUGCAGGAUGUUGUCGUGGACAGAAACGCCCUGAGCCUGGGAAAGGUCCUGGGGGAGGGGGAGUUCGGAUCCGUGAUGGAGGGAAGGCUCAGCCAGCCCGAGGGGCCCCCACAGAAGGUGGCUGUGAAGACCAUGAAGUUGGAUAACUUUUCCCAAAGGGAGAUCGAAGAGUUCCUCAGCGAAGCAGCGUGCAUGAAGGACUUUGACCAUCCCAAUGUCAUCAAGCUCCUCGGGGUGUGCAUCGAGCUGAGCUCCCUGCAGGUGCCCAAGCCCAUGGUGAUCCUGCCGUUCAUGAAAUACGGGGACCUGCACAGCUUCCUGCUCCGCUCCCGGCUGGAAAUGGCCCCCCAGUUUGUGCCCCUGCAGACCCUGGUGAAGUUCAUGGUGGACAUCGCCCUGGGCAUGGAAUACCUGAGCAGUCGGAACUUCCUCCACAGGGACUUGGCAGCCCGGAACUGCAUGCUGCGGGAUGACAUGACGGUGUGCGUGGCAGACUUCGGGCUCUCCAAGAAGAUCUACAGCGGGGAUUACUACCGGCAGGGCCGCAUCGCCAAGAUGCCGGUCAAGUGGAUCGCCCUCGAGUCCCUGGCUGACCGUGUCUACACCACCAAGAGCGAUGUGUGGGCAUUCGGCGUCACCAUGUGGGAGAUCGCCACGCGUGGGAUGACGCCGUACCCAGGGGUGCAGAACCACGAGAUCUACGAGUACCUCUUCCAUGGGCAGCGCCUGAAGAAGCCCGAGGACUGCCUGGAUGAGCUGUACGAAAUAAUGUCUGAGUGCUGGAGAGCCGACCCUGCCAGCCGCCCCACCUUCUCCCAGCUCAAAGCCCAUCUGGAGAAGCUGCUGGAAAACCUUCCCAGCGCCAAGGCAUGCGGGGACAUCAUCUACAUCAACACCGGCCUUGCCGAGCAGAGCCCGGACUCCACGCAGGAUUCGGGCUUCCCGCAAGCGGACUCGGACUGGGAGGGCGGGGAGGCGUCGGAGCCCGGCUCCCCCGGCGCGGAGGCGGCGCUGGUGGCCGUGGAUGUGCAUCCCGGCGAGCCCUGGGACACCAGGUACGUCGUGGAGGAGCAGCUCGCUGGCCCCGUGGAGGAGCCCUACGUGCCCCUGCUUCCCUGGCAGGGCUCGGAGGCGGGGAGCCGAUGGAGCCAGGCCGACACUUUGCCCGUGUCGGAGCGGCCGCGGGCCGGGAGCCGCGGGGAGGACUCGGAAGUGCCGCUGGGAACGGUGUGAGUGGCACCACGGCGAGGACACUGAGGGAAUAUUUGAAUAAACAGUCGUCUCUUUUA